ACGCGGAGGGAAGGACGAGGCCAAAUCGUGCUUGGUGCCGUUGGUUGAUGGUCGCCGUCAAUGCCGCAGGUUCUGCCUGAGUGCGAUUUCGGGAAGGCAGUAAUCCGUUCCGAGGUAGUGCGGGCGAGUGACGUUUUCAUGUUGGACACGAGGGUGGUGCGGAGGACCUCGCGGCCGUUGCCUGCACGAUAGGCAUUUUAAAUAACCGCCGACGAGGGACGGACGAGUGUCGUUGCACGUCGGAGACGGGAGGACACGUUCGGCAAGAUUUGCGCGUUGUACAAAGGGGCGAGCAGACCGAUGUUGUAACGUACCAGGGUGCCAAGAUGGAAGAGCGUAGCGUCCUCGGCAGUAUCGGCGAUAUAAAUAGUGCGGAGGCGACCAAAACCUUAAUAAUACCACGCAAGAAAAGGAUAUGCUUGAUUGGUGCAACCUGCAAUGAUCCUGCCCUUAAUGUUGCUGCUCAGCAAUUCAAAGUGCCUGUACUAAAGUCUGAAACUGGCACAGAAUAUGUUGACGACACUACGUACAAUACUUAUUUUAUACUCAAACAAUUUGAAGGACCCGAAUAUGAAGCUUUAUGCAAGAGUGCUCAUAGAGUACUUGGACCUACGGCUUUGCUGCAACUGGCAGAAAAGAAGGAAUCAUUGCCUAGUAUCAAAAGACCAAUGUAUACUCAAGCUAUGGUAGGCACGAUAGUGGUAUUUAGUGGUUUUCGGGCUAAAGAGGAUGAACUGCGCAAGUUAGCUAAUAUGAUUCUUAGUAUGGGAGGUAGUAUCCGGAAGGAGAUGGGUAUUAAAGUAACGCAUCUUAUUGCAAAUCAUUGCAGUGGAGAGAAAUAUAGAUAUGCUGACACAUUUGGAUUACCUAUCAUGUCGAUAGAAUGGGUGAUAGCAUUAUGGAAUGCAAAAGAUGAUAUCUCCAUGUACGCGAACAAAGAAGAAUUGAUAGCGACUUACAAACUGAAACCAUUUUACGGGGCGAGAAUAUGUUUCUUUGGUUUUCCCGAAGAAGAGAAGAGACAUAUGUGUGAGAUUUUGGAGCAACAAGGUGGUGAAUCUACCGAAAUUGAUGAUCCAAGUUGCACUCAUGUCGUGGUCGAUAUUCCCGGCCUUUUCUACAAGAGAGCCAAUAAUACGGGCUUAUAUCUUAAAAAUACAUCCAUCAAAUCACUUUCCUUAAUGCCUCCUAAACCAAUUUCCUCCGCUCUUUACAAUCCUUACUCAAACGCAAUUUUAAAUACAACAAAAUCUGACUACAGCAUAGCGAGUUAUACGUCGUUGAAUAAUUCGUUAAUCUCAUGUACAUAUGAUGUAGAAUAUAAUAACCAAUGGAACGAUUUUGUUUCAAUAUAUAAUGUCAGUCAUGAUUCUGCUAUCAGUAUGAAUGAUAAUUGUUCCGAUUUGCAAAAUUCAAUUAUUAAAUCUGGAAACUUGUUCCAUUCUUUCACAGAGCAAAGUGAUUCUGGUGUAGAUAUGACCAGAUCAUCUAAUUCAUCUUCCGCGAUUUUUAUAUCAAAUAAAUAUUCGAUUCCAACAAAUACGUCGACAAUGAUAAGCAACAAAAAUGCUAAAUUCCAUAUUCCUGAUAGCUGUCUCGAUAACGAGGUAUUUUUUUGUAGAACUUCGUUAAACUUUUCAGAUAAACCCGAUGACUUAAAAUUAUCGCCAUCUUAUGAAAAAAAUAAUGAAUCUAAUCCUUGUAUAUCUUUAACGAGCAAUAACACAUUAUCUUUAAAAUAUUGUAAAAAUAUUCAUUACAUACAGAAUAAUACGACCAAAAGUAAAAUAAUUCCCAAACGAUUUAUAAAAUGGAGAAAAACUAAUUCCUGUACAUUUGUUCCGAAAAUGGCGACGCUUGAAAAAUUUAAAUUUAUGAAGACGCGUUCGCAUCCGAAUAUAUUAAAACGCAGUGAGGAACAAUAUAGCGAUACAUUUUUACACAAUGUCGUAGAUGAUAAGAAUAAGCGUUUAUCCAAAUCACAUACGUCUAUUUUCUCUAAAAUCAGUCACUUUUCCUUUUGUCCAAUAUUUUCCGACACUAAGCGAGAUAUUUCUACCGAUUCAGACGAUUGUUUCCAUGAGAAAACUUUUUUCAAAAAGAAAAACACAUCUUUAUCCAAGUCUUUCCCAGUGCCUAGAAAAAUUUCAAAUACUAAACACAGUUUGCAAAACAUUUCGAUAUUUGAUGGAAAAAGUAACAAUGUAUCAUCUGCACCACACGACAUAAAAACCGAAUGCACAGAUUUGAAGACACAAAAGGAUAAAUCAUUAUUCAUGGUCGUUGAUGAGUCCACUGUAAAUAUAUUACCAAAUUUAGUUGCAGUAUCUGCUUUCAUAGUCAAAACCGGAUGGUUUUGGACGUCUGUACAAAAUGAAGCAGCCGCUGAUGAAAAAGAGUAUCUAUUUGAACAUUAUUUAGAAACAGUUAUGUCCCCUACUGCGACGGGUAGGCGAGACAGUCAACAGAUUGUACCGAACGUGACAUUAUCAAAGCACCCCUGGUUGGGCGGUCAAUUAUCUAAUUUGUUACAAAAUGGAGCGGAUUCACCAGCCAGUGUCAGUGGAAGCUUUUUGGAUUGCACAGCAAGCCCGGAUAAAAUAAUACUAGAUGAGGUAGAAGCAGUCGAUAUAGAACAUUUGCCAAUAAAUAAAGAAAAUUUAUCGCAACGUCAUAAAGUGUUUCUUGAACUGGUAGAAACUGAGUCUAAUUACGUAGGAAUCCUUAAUACAAUUAUGACGUUAUUCAAAUUGCCAUUGGAAGAGCUCAUAGGCAAAAGUGGGAAAGAGUUGCUAAAUAGCACGGAAGUAAAAAUUAUAUUUGGUAAUUUUCCACCUAUUUAUGACGUUCAUAAACAAUUAUUGGAGGCAUUGCACUGUAGUGCUUCUCAUUGGACAGAGGAUAUCAGCAUCGGUGAAAUAUUUCUCAAGUUUGAACCAGAUUUAGUUAAAGCGUAUCCUCCAUAUGUCAACUUCUUCGAAAAUACAAAACAAAUGUUAGAGGAAUGCGAUCAAAAUAAGCCACGGUUUCACGCCUUUUUAAAAAAUUGCCAGACAAUGCCGGAAUGUGGUAGACAAAGCUUAAAGGAGCUGUUAAUUAAACCAAUACAAAGGUUACCCAGUAUUAGUUUAUUAUUAAGUGAUAUUCUUAAGCAUACGGACAAAAGUAAUCCAGACUAUAGCGCGCUAGAAGCUUCUAUUAGCUGUAUUAAAAAAGUGAUGACGUAUAUAAAUGAGGACAAAAGGAAAACGGAACGCCAAUUAGCAAUGUUCGAUAUCUUUAAUGAGAUUGAUAAUUGUCCGCCGCAUUUAGUUUCCUCGCAUAGGUCAUUUAUCAGUAAAUGUGAUGUAAUGGAAGUUACAGAAGGUCUUAGUGGACGAGGUGACCAUUUAGUAUUGUUCCUCUUUACUGACACUCUUGAAAUAUGCAAGAAAAGAUCGAAAGCUUUUAACUCGUUAAAGAGUCCUAAUACUAUAAAUGGCUUACAAUCAAUUAAGCUGAGUCAAGGAAAGCCAUACAAACAUAUCAAAAUGUUGUCGCUAAGUACUAUAAGGAAAGUCGUAGAUAUACGAGAAACUGAUCAAUGUCACAAAGUAUUUGCGCUUGUGGUACGAGGAACUCAAGAACUCAAGGAAAAAUUUUUUUCUUUUAUAAUUACUGAUGAAGAAGUAAAUAAAACGAAUUAUUUACAGACUUUAUGUAGGCAAAUGGCUCUUGCUGUCCGUGUAGCUGAUGCUGAUACAUUACUCAUUAGAUAUGAUUCGCAUCAGCUUGAAGUUGGCACUAGCGAUGUAGCAUCGGGAACAUUAAAGAAAACAAUUAAGAGCCUAUUUCAUAAUUUUUACCUGGAGUAUAUGGACCCGUAUGUCUUCCUACUCAAUAGCAUGUGUGAAACCACGUUACAUGUCCCACUACCGUUUGCAUCUCGUACAAGAGCGAAAGUUGGCCGAGCGUUUAGUUUCAAUAAAACUCCAAGCAAACUAAAUAGAGCGAUGUCUACGAUUAUGUCUCCGUUUGGAGCAACACAAACUCUUCCUUCGACAAACCAACAAAUAGCCCAAAUGCGGCUAGGUAGUUGCAACAAUAUCAGCGAGCUGGAUAAUGGCGAUUCAAGUUCUCCAAAUAGAGAUGUUCUAGUAGCGCCGAUGUCUGAUCAGCCGACUCGAAAGGCUCUAAGUAUGGCUUCGCUACGAAGGUUGUAAUUAGUAUGCAAGAAGUCAUACUUCCUUUUGCUACAGUCGUUUAGUAUUCUGAACAAAGAGACGUGCAUUUUUAACAAACCACUGCGGUAUGUUAAAUUAAUAUAUAUCAUCUAUAGUGAUUAAGACAUUAAUUAUAUACAGCGGAGAAGGCCCGAAGACGUGCUGUAACCAUUUUUAUCCAUCACAGUUCUGUUUCAAAUUAUGAUUGUCAUUUUUCACCAUUACUGUUUUAUAAGAGUUCAGUACAAUUUCCUAAAUAUCGCCUUAUCCUCGGAUGCAUCAUUAUAAAAAAUGAUAUUACUGUUAUUAGUGCCAAUAAUGCCUAGUUAUUGUUAUAUUAUUAUUAUUAACAUUUAUUUAUUUUAUGUAUUAUCUCUUGUAAUUAUUGUAUAUGCCUUCUUAGCUUCCACUCUUACUCGCCGAUAAGAUAAGAUAAAGAACCAUCAUUUUUUAAUAUAAAUACAAUUCGCUCUUCGCGUUGAAUCAAUUAAAUUAUUCUAGGAGAUAUAUUAUAUAUCAUUAAAUUAUAUUGAUUCGGAAAUAUUUUUUCGGAUUUUUCGGAUUAAUCGUUAUUUUAACGACAAAGCCAGACUUAUAUCAAUGACACUGCAGGCAUGUGCAAAAACUUCUCUUAAUAAAUGUAUCAAUAAUUCGUAAGAAAAAAAUAACAUUAAUGUCUUAUUAAUUAAUAUAUCCCAUUCGUAAUCUCAAUGCCAAAAAAUAGACGAAGUAAUUGUUUUAGAAUAAAUUAGGCAAGAAUGCUAACCACAGCAUGAAGUAAAUGUGUUCUCCAAUUAAUAAAAAUAGUAACUUUUAUGUUUUUGAUACCAAAAUUUUCUACAAUUUAAAUACAAUUUGAUUUUACUCACUAUUUUUUUUAUUUCUGUUUUUCUAUUCAUUAGAAUUUGUUCAACGGGAAUCAUACAAAAGGAGGUCUGAUCUUUGAGCCAUAAAAAAAUUUAUGUGCGGCUUUGUUUUACUUUAUCAACGAAGAUACUGGUGCUGUGUAGAUUUUUUAAUAAGACUUGAAAAUAUUCAUAUUUCAUACAGACUUAAGUUUUGGAAGAAAGUCUGGCGUAUGUGCGUGUAAAAAAUGUUCAAAUCCGAAAAUGAAAGCAUUGUUAAAUUUUAAUGAUUACAAAUACAAUACUGCUAUGUGCCAAUAUAGCGAAUAUACUAAAUAACAAGGAUAUUGCCAUCCGUUACAAAUUUGAUACGUUUGCUUAGAUACUAUUAUAUUUCAAUGACCUGUGAUUUGAUUGGGUUUAUUACGAGGAGAGACAAUGCAAUUUACUAAUACUUUAUAUGUCUAAAAUUUAUGAAAAAUAAUCGCACAAAAGAAUAGAAAAUUCACAAUUUUUUAACAUCAAUUGAUGUUGUGUAAUUGAAAUAAGAGAACAGAUUUUUAAAAUCUGUACUAUUUCAUAAAUGUUUAUACAAUUUUGUAUCUUUGUACUGUGCAUAAUUCUGUAUGAUUGACUGUGUCAGAUAAAAAUGAAAAAUUACCAAUGUUGGAAAUAUUAUUGAAAAUAAGGACUUGAACAACGAGAAAACACUGCUUAUUUCUGUAUAGUUAAUUACAUAAUGGUAAGAUAAACAUAUGAUGGAGAAAAAUAAUAGAGUAAAUACAAUCAUACACUAAGUACAAUCAAUAAUAUUUUUUAAAUAAUAUGCAAACUAUAUAUUUGUCUUAAAGUUCUCUGUUAUAUUUCAUAAUUAUUAAUCGCUGUUAUAUAACCGUUUAAAUAAAAAAUUUCAAUUUGUUUAAUUACAAGUUUGAAUAAAUUGUGUAAUGUACAUAUAAUGUACAGUAACAGGUUAUCAACAAUUUGCUUUCAUUAUAGCAUUAAUUACUCUCGAUGUCAAGUUUGUAAGAUUUUCCUAAUUGCACAUGCUCUAAAACAUUGACUAUCAAUUAAUUCGAUUACAAUUAAAUAAUUGACUGAAGAAACACAUUAUGUGAAUAAAAUUAUAUAUAAAAGAUAAUUUACAAUAUGUAUUGUAAUAAAUGUGAAACAAUCAUGAUUGAUAAGUUUUUUAAAAUUAAAUGCAUGUUAAACAUUAAUUUGAGCAUGCAGACAUACAUCAUGAUUCUUCUUUCACAUAGCACUCUAAAAGAGUUUAUUUUUUUACAUAUUUCAUUAUUAUUUGAUUUUAUGCAACAUUAAUAGCUUUUAUUAAUAGUUGCAAAACUUGUGUUGCCUGAUAUAGCAACAUCUUGCCAUUGUAAUUUUGUUCGUAAAAUUGAAAGCAGGCCAUAUAUGCAUAAGAUUGUUUUACGUAUGCAUCCAUAUAUUCGCUAUUGUAUUGCAAUGCGAAUAUUCCUAAGUGUUUUGUUUGGCGAUUGUAUGUUUCGGCUCUAUGCAUUAGCAUUUUCUUUAUCGUCCAUUAUUUGAAAACUAGCUAAAGUUUAUUUUUGCAUCAUUAAUACGAAGUAAAAUGGAAAAAUAAAUAUUUAGUUUAAAUGCAAAAUAGUCGAUUAUAAAAUGUACUUGGCGGGAAAAUCUUAUAAGCACAGAAUGAUUUUUUUCCUGUACGGUCUUUCCUAGUCUUUAUUCAAUCAAUAUAAUACGGUUUUUCUAUCUGUUCUUACAAAAUGAUACCAGUGCCACUUCUAAAGUAAUUAAAAGUAAAAAACUGAGAAAGGAUUAAGCUUUAAUAUAACUUUGUACAAGCGACAUUUAAUUUUUUACAAGUACUACCGCAUGUGAGUCACAAGAGAGAAGUCUGACAAUAUAUGGUAUCGGUAUAUUCUUUUAUCCAUUAUAUAUAUUGAUUGAUUAAAGAAAAUCAGCAUGGAUUGUUGACUGCCAAGAAAGUAUUUCGAUCACUGCUUAUAAGAGGUUAUCCAGUUUUAUAUUGUCGAUUAUAUUCUCUCUUGUCAUCUUUUGAUAAUUAGUGCCUUGAGUAUGAAUAAUGAGUACGAAUAAAACUUGUAUGAUUAAAUGUACUUUAUAUAUGUGCCUGAUUCACGAAAAAGAUAAAUCGAGAGAUGCAAGUUUCUCUCGAUUUCGUCUCUCGUAUAAUAUUUUGUGCCUCUUAAUUUAGAUUAUUUAUUAAGAUUCCGAUUUUGCUCUGUCUUAUUUCAAACCAGUGAAAGAUACGGUACCAUUAUACUUUCUAAAAUGUAUCCCGUAAUAACGAAAACGUGCUUUUUUAAAGUGCCAUUCGUGCGCAUACUUGAAAUAAGCACACUACUAUUUGUAUAAAUAAUAUUAACUUUAUAAGAACUGAUAAGUAGAAUAGUGGUACGAAUUGCGGGACAAAUAAAAUUUUUUACACAGUUUCUAUUGAUUAAUGUGGUAUCGCGUAGGUUUGACAUAAUAUAAAAAACAGAAAUCUUUAAUAAUUGCUGCAAUUUUUCAACGUAAGAAUCGAUAUAAGGUAUACUGCUAUUCUCGCGAGUCCUCCUACGACAUGUAGAAAGUUGAGAAUAUCUGUACUCGGACACCUGUCUUGUGCGUAUUUUCCAGUCUUCUAUAAAAAUAUUAAAAAAUAAAAUAUUAGCUGGUCAACUGCAUCGGAACGCGUCGACCACUCUCUAUAUGCGCAAUUGAUUUAUUUCUCAAAUCUUUUAUUUUCUUUUACUGCAAAGAGUAAUUGGGUGCCGAGAUAUGAGAGUCGCGUGGUGAUAUGCCAAAACAAGUGUCCUUGAUUUAGGUGCAUUGUAAAUAGUAAUGUUAAGUAUUUCAGAAACUAAUGUAAUGUAAAAAACAUUUUUUACUAUACACCUAAAAUUAUAUAUCGUCUUACAA